AAGUUAGUCAGAUAAAAAUUUUAAGGAAAGAAAUCAAAUCAAGAAAGAAAAAAAAAAGAGAGAGAUCGAAUAGUAGUAAUUGCAAAGAAAAUGGUGAGAACUCCAUCUAUUGACAAAAAUGGAAUAAAAAGAGGUGCAUGGAGUGAAGAUGAGGACAACAAACUAAGAGCUUAUGUUGAAAGAUUUGGUCAUCCCAAUUGGCGACAAUUGCCUAAAUAUGCUGGUCUAAUGAGAUGUGGGAAGAGCUGCAGACUGAGAUGGAUGAAUUACUUGAGGCCUGAUUUGAACAAAGGGAAAUAUAGCCAUGAAGAAGAGCAACUCAUUAUUAAAUUACACAAUGAACUUGGAAACAGAUGGUCAGCCAUUGCUGCAAGAUUACCAGGAAGAUCAGACAACGAUGUUAAAAAUCAUUGGCAUGCUCAUCUUAAGAAACGUGCGAUAAUAACAAGUACAAAUUUAUCAACGACGUUAAUGGAGCAACUUACUGAAUCUUCAGAGUCUGCAGGAUCUCAAAAUGAACAAUCUUCUUAUAAACUCUAUUCAGAACAGGAUACUCCAGCAACCUUACAAUCAACGUCCCUGGAGGUUUCAUCAAGUGAUAUAUAUUCCAGUUCUGAUUCCCUAUUAAAUGGAAUGAUGGACUGGAUCGAUGAAGAGUCGAUGGAACAACUUUCAAUUUUCAGUUCAUUGGAACCACUUCCGGACUCCUUUUCUUGGACAAAAUCCAUCCACAAUUUUCAGACAGAAUCCUUUGACCAAUUUUGGACCCAACCCUCUGAUAAUUUCUGGACAGAAAAUUUCUAUUAAUUCUUAAACCUAUACCUCAACUUUCAGUUUGAUACAUUAGUUCUCCAAUUUUUUUUUUUUUUUUUUUUUUUUUUUUGUGAGUAGGACGACGAGAAUCUUUGCUAGCUGAAUGGCAUCUUAGCUUUUAAUUUUUUAUUUUGAAUGAUUAUACUAAUUGUUUACCUUACAAUAACAAUAAUAAUGACAAUAAUUGUUUA